CAGCUCCGGGACGUGAGGUUCUUCCUGCACAAGGCUGGAGACCUGAACCUGCAGCGACACAUGGACCCUGCUGGUGCCAGGGCCGAGUUCCGCAUCCCCAGCAUGGGCCGGGAGCACGGAGGGAGCUACAGCUGCAGCUACCGGCCCCGGUCAGAGCCCUUCGUCUCCUCACAGCCCAGCGACACCGUGCAGCUGGUGGUAGCAGGGAGCUGGCUUUGCUCUGACCGUGGUAGAUUUGGGCUGGAGAUUGCAGAGAAACCAUCUGAUGGGAAGAAAGGGGCCGAGCGCAUCACAGGCUUCCUGGGGCUGCAGCCCCCGGCGCAGUUCCUCAUUCCGCUCGCACUCGGGCCUCAGGCUCGGUGGAGCUCAGCACUGGGGUGUUGGUGGCAGCGCUGAGGGGCCCCCACUGCCCCAUCAUGGCAUCUGCUUUGACCAUCCUCCUCCUCAGCUGCUGGCUGGCCGGGUGGAGCAGGGUGUCGGGACGUGAGUAUCUGUGGGGAAUGAGGCAUCUGGGGGAAUUUCCGCAUUAAGGACAAGGGAUGUGGGUGGGGGUGAGGGGCACCAAUGGGAUGAUCCUGUCAGACACAUGCCCCAGAGGUGGGGUCUGAGACCUCGCCCCACUCAUUACAGGGAUGGGCACCUGUCAGAACAACUGGGGGAUUUUGUAAACAUGUUUUCUUAGGGGGCCUGUCCUGGGAGCUGCUUGCUCAAAUAACCCAAAUUUAGACCAGGAACCCCACAGGGUAGAUCCCAAUUCACCGCCUGACUGUGAUGGGGGCAGGGACAGGUUUUGAUCUCAACUCUUUGGGGGUCAGUCCGGAGUCACCCCUGACUGCAGCGGGGGCAGGGCUGAAUUGACCCUGGAGAACAGAAGGAAUCAGAGACUGGAAAUCUCCUUUCCCCUCCUGUGCCUCACCCCGGCUGUGAGCCGCGGGGCCGGGCUGCACCCCAGGGACAGGCGGGGGGUGAAACGCUGGAGCGACAGAUGGGCAGAGGAUUGAGUCAGACGGACGCGGUUUGUGUCACCCCCACUUACUGCCUGUUUGUUUGUGACUCCAGAGGGGUCCUACCCCAAACCCUCCAUCUCCGUCAGCCCCGGGGGGGUGAUCCCCUUGGGGGGAAACGUCACCAUCCGGUGUUGGCAUCAGCUCCUGGGCAUGAGGAUCCUGUUCUACAAGGAUGAAGAUGAGAAUAUUCUGAAUUACACAGACCCUGCCGGCUCUGAGGCUGAAUUUCCCAUCACCAGCGCCAGACGGGACCACGGGGGCAGCUACACCUGUCGUUAUAGCAACAGAACAGGAAACGUUACCUACUCGGAGUACAGUGACCCUGUGCAGAUCAUUGUAGCAGAUCCCAGCUUCCCCAGACCCUUCAUCUCCCUGAGCCUCACCGGGGUAAUCGCCCCAGGGGCAGACGUCACCAUCCGGUGUCAUGGUCCGUGCAGGUACAUGGGGUACAUGGGGUACGUGAGUUUCUUCCUGCACAAGGCUGGAGACCUGAACCUGCAGCAACGCAUGGACCAUGACUGGGAUGAGGCCGAGUUCCGCAUCCCCAGCGUGGGCCGGCAGCACGGAGGGAGCUACAGCUGCAGCUACCGGCCCCGGCCCUUUGUCUCCUCGCAGCCCAGCGACCCCGUGCAGCUGGUGGUAGCAGAGCGUGAAUUUCUCAAACCCACCAUCUGGGUGAGCCCCAGCAGGGUGGUGGCGCUCGGGGGAAGCGUCACCAUCCCCUGUGCGAGUUUGUACCCGGGCAUGGAGUUCGUUCUGCGUAAAGCUGGACACCCGAACCCGCAGGUGUGGCUGGUACCUGAUGGGACCGUGGCUGAAUUUCCCAUCCCCAGUGUCAGCCGGGAAGAUGGAGGGAGCUACACCUGCGACUAUCGCUCCAUAACGGAUCAGAGUCGCUGGUCGUAUCCCAGCGACCCCGUCGAGAUCAUUGUAGGAGAGCCCAGCUACCCCAAACCCAGCAUCUCCCUGAGACCCAGCGGGGGGGUCUCCCUGGGGGGAACUGUGGCCGUCCGGUGUCAGGGGCAACACCAGGGCAUGCGGUUCGUGCUGAAUAACGUGCAACAUUCAACGUGA